AUGUCACAGCUUAACUCUACCUCACCCUCACCCUCACCCUCACCUGCACCUACACCACCUAAAACUGACAACCCAGAACCAACGAUCUCUACCCAAGAACGACAGGCGCUAACUCUAGGAAUAAUGCAGCUCCUCAUUGACACCAACUCGCUGAUAGAGACACUGGAAAACGUAAUCCUUGAGAUACGCAAUGGCCGCAUGCCGCGAGAGAAGAUUGCGGAUAAUGUGAUGCCGCUGUGUAUGUUCCUGGGCACAUUGCAGGACGAGCAUCCACGGCUGGAGAAGUUGAAUGAGAAUGUGGGGGAUGCAUGGGUGACGCAUAUGCUGGAGGAGGUAGAAACGGCUCUAAUAGGAAUGGGCCAGGAUUGUAAGAAGUUACUGCUGCCGGAAGAGACGAAUGGUGGGGAUGAGGGGAGCGCUGAGGAUGAGGAUACCAGAGGAGAAAGGCAUUUCCAGUUAGCGCUGCAGCAAUUGGGGUCGUUUGAUUUCGAUUGCAUUUACGGGGCAUGA